AUGAAUAACAGAAACCACAAUGGGGAGUUGGGUAAAUAUCCUCAAGAAGGUCGAGAUACUUACGAUUCAGACAGUAGUUCUGAGUUCUCCCGUAGCGUCGCCGAAAGCGCAGCAGAUAGUGACCAAGGUCAUUCCGAUAACAUCUCCACUAUUCCAUUGAAAUCGAUCACCUCCAUUCCUUCCACCAAAUCUCCAUCGGUAUUGAGCGAUAAAGAUAACAAUUCGUAUAUGGCUUCCACGGCAGAAACGUCACUUGCUCCCAGCGGUCAUACCGUGGGAUUACCUAGCCCGCAAACCACGGCUCAAACUGCAUCUACCUCGGCUGCUAGUGCUUCCAAUACCCCCGUAAAUGACCGUGACCAGGAGUCUAUCGUCACUUUGGCGAGUUCCAGCCGACGCGUACGUAGAAGAAGUCUUGAUACCAACAGCAGUACCACGGGAAUUGCUCCUGCAAGCAUAAUGGAACGAUUAAGUGUUCAUCCUACGGCUGCGUCAGCGCCUACGCACCCAGUGCCUAUGCUACUAGCGGGUACGCAUCUAGCACCCAAAAUAGCCAUAUCGAUGCGGAAUCGGAGACUGAUGAAAAGAAAGAUUGAUGAAGAGAAUGAUGAAGAGAAUGAAAAAAUUUGA